GGCUAUUCAAACUUGCCAUUCUCAUAUCAAAACCAAUCAACAGUUAAACAGCAAAGCAAAAUCGAGAGAUGGAGAAAGGUGAGGCGAAGGCGAUCAAUAUCGCCGAAAUAAGCAGAGAAAUGGAAGGAAAAUCAGCCCUUCUAGCAGGUGCGGGAGCCUCCGCUUUCAAGAGGAGCGUCGCGAUUUUCGACCUGAUCCUCCGCAUAAGCGCCGCCGUGGCUGCUUUGGCCGCCACCAUCACCAUGGGAACCACCGAGCAAACUCUGCCCUUCUUCACACAGUUCUUCCAGUUCACAGCCAGCUACGAAGAUCUCCCCGCAUUCACAUUCUUCGUCAUAGCUUUGUCAAUUUCUACUGGCUACCUUGUUCUGUCAGUGCCUUUCUCAGUAGUUUGCGUUGUUCAACCCCUUCAUACGGGGCCCAGGCUUCUCUUGAUUUUCUGUGAUACAUUGACACUGAUUUUGGCUACAUCGGCGGCGGCUUCCUCGGCGGCCAUAGUGUACCUUGCCCACAACGGAAACUCCGACGCCAAUUGGCUGCCGUUGUGUCAGCAGUUUGGUGAUUUCUGCCAGAGGAUCAGCGGAGCGGUGGUGGCCGGAUUCAUUGCGGUGGCGCUACUCCUCAUCAUGAUGGUGCUUUCCGCUCUCGCCCUAAGAAACCAUUGAUUUUCCUGUUUGGAUUCAAUUCCAUUUUUUUACAUUCUUGAUUUCUUGAUUGGAUGGAACUCGAAAAAUAGAAACCAAAACAAAAUGUAAAUCGCAUUUGUAUAUUUUGACUAAAUAUUAACAAUGCAAAACAUGCAUGGUUAUGAAUUUUUA